AACAUUCAUCGAGAAGACGUCGCGGACGCCAGAUCCUCAUCCAUUCUCUGGUGGUCAGCGGAGUCGCUCCAUGCCCGGUGCAGCCCACUCCUCGCUCUGACCACUCCUCGCUCUGACCAGUCUCGCUGACCAGUCCUCGCUCUGACCAGUCCUCGCCCUGCCCACUCCUCGCUCUGACCACUCCUCGCUCUGACCACUCCUCGCUCUGACCACUCCUCGCUCUGACCACUCCUCGCUCUGACCAGUCCUCGCUCUGACCAGUCCUCGCUCUGACCAGUCCUCGCUCUGACCACUCCUCGCUCCAGCACCAUGUUCUGGUCCCUGCUGGAAUUUGCCAUCAGCCACUUGUUACUGUCCACGUUCUGCUGCUUUGUGGCCUCCACCAUUGUCCUGAAAUGUUUCAACCGACUGCGCAGCCGCAAGAAGAUUGAGCGGGCGCAGAAGCUGCGGGAUCAGGCGCUUCACCUAAUGGAACGCCGCAUCGCAGACUUUAAGAAACAGCACGAGGACAUGGACGUCAGCCGGAUCCUUUCCCUGCCGCUGGUGGAGUUGGUGGAGCAACUGAAGAAAGGAUCGCUGAGCCCGGAGACGGUGCUCCAUGUCUACAUGGAAAAGUCCUUGGAGGUGAACAAAGAAGUGAACUGCCUGACCGACUUUCUGUCGGAGUGUGAGACGCAGGUUCAGGAGGUGAAGAAGCAGCAGGAAAAAGGUCUUCUGUAUGGGGUGCCCAUCACCCUGAAGGACAAUAUUGGAUAUAAGGGGCACAAUUCGACCUGUGGUCUCGUCCACUUUCUGGGGGUGGAGGAUGCUGAGGACUGCGCCGUUGUUAAGGUUCUAAAGAAGCAAGGAGCCAUCCCUUUCGUGAAGACUAAUGUCCCACAGUCCCUGAUAAACUUUGACUGCAGUAACUCCAUCUAUGGACAGACCCUGAACCCCCACAACCAUAAGAAGACGUGUGGAGGCUCCAGCGGGGGGGAGGGGGCGCUGAUAGCAGGAGGAGGAGCCAUACUGGGAGUGGGCACCGAUGUAGUGGGAAGCAUCCGGAUGCCCUCCAGCUUCUGUGGAAUCUGCGGACUGAAGCCUUCCGGAGAGAGAAUAAGUAAUCUUGGAGUCCUUGAUCCGGUCAGUGGGAUGAAGUCAGCGGUGUCGAUGCCGGGUCCGAUGGCUCGGGAUGUGGACAGCUUGGCCCUGUUUAUGAAAGCCGUUCUGUGUGAUGACCUGUUCCAGCUCGACCCCACUGUGCCGCCAGUCCCCUUCAAUGAUGAGAUUUAUAACAGCAGAAAGCGCCUGACCAUUGGCUUCUAUGACACUGAUGGAUAUUUCCUCCCGCAUCCGAGCAUGAGACGAGCCGUGCAGGAGACCAAAACCCUGCUGGAGGAGGCCGGACACAAGUUGGUCCCGUUUCCCCCCAUAAGGAUUGAAUACGCCCUGAACGACCUGUGUGUAAGAGGAUUUUUUGCUGAUGGAGGGACAACUCUUGCGGAAAAAUUUCUCCCCGAUAUCGUGGAUCCCAACCUGAAGCAGCAGCUCUUCCUGUACAAGAUCCCGAACAUUGUCAAGAAGAUGGCGGCGUUCUUCAUGAGGCCGGUGUUCCCACGAAUUGCCAAUCACGUGGAGGCGCACUGUGGCUGCAGCUCUGUGAAGGAUCUGUGGAAACACUACACAGCGAUUAAGAAAUAUCGUUGCGACUUCAUCUCGGAAUGGCGGAAGCUCGGCCUGGACGCGCUCCUCUGCCCCAUGCUCAGCCCGGCCUUCAAUGUCGGUCACCCCGGGAAGCUCUUUGCCGGCUUUGGCUUCACCAUGCUCUUCAAUGUCCUGAACCUUCCGGUCGGGGUUCUCCCUGUCACCCGCGUUACCGCCGAGGAUGAGGCAGAGCUGAAGCAUUAUAAGGGCUAUUAUAACGACCCCUGGGACAAGGAGGUGAUCAAGGCCAUGGAGGGGGGGGUGGGGCUGCCGGUGGCGGUGCAGUGCGUGGCUUUACAGUGGCAGGAAGAGCAGUGCCUGCGCCUGAUGAAGGAGGUGGAGACGGCGACCCGAGGCCGUGUGGACCCCCCGCCAUCCAGCUAGAGGGGCCAUCCCGUAUCAGCCCUCCUCCUCAGUCACAGCCCCCGGUCGCCUCCUGCUUGUUCCACUCUGGUCACACUAGAAACCCCCCAGUGCAGCUGAAUGGCCGACGUGGCCCCUCCACUCCCAUUGUAAACAGCGCUGGGGGUCCGGCUGU